AUGGCGGUACCAACCCGACGUGCCACGAUGCUGUCCAUCAACAAUGGCGGGACACAAUCAGGGAGCGACAGACCACAGACAUCGCAAUCACAGGCUCAGAGUCUAUCACAGCAGUCCACUGGGCUCCGAGUGCCUUCCAAUCGCAAGACAAUCUACGACCGACACCUGAAUCGCACUCGUAGUGCAGAACUCAGCCGGGCGAGCUUCGCCUUUCUAUUUGGCGAGAUGGUCACAUAUGCUCAACGGAGAGUAACAGGUAUCCAAGACUUGGAGAAACGUUUAAAUGAACAAGGCUAUCCCCUCGGCCUUCGCCUCCUAGACCUCCUCUUCUACCGAUCAACAUCAACCUCCUCCUCAGCCUUAUCAAGCUCCUCUACUUCCUCUUCUCCCCCAAACCGACCCCUCCGCAUCAUCACUCUGCUGCACUUGAUCCAUGGCCCCCUCUGGCGGCUUCUCUUCGGCCGCGCCGCAGAUGCCCUGGAGCACUCCGUAUCUCCAGACACUCCCAAUGAGUACAUGAUUACCGAUAAUGACCCGAUGGUCAACACAUAUAUCAGCGCACCGCGCGAUAUGAGCAUGCUCAACUGUGCUGCUUAUGUUGCUGGCAUUAUCGAGGGUGUCUGCGACGGGUGUGGCUUUGAAACAAAGGUCUCCGCUCAUAACCAGCCCACAGAAAUGUGGCCCAGUCGCACAGUCUUCUUGGUCCGAUUUGGGGAUCCCGUUAUGGAGAGGGAGAAGGUGCUCGAGAGGGCAGGUGUUAAAUAA